GUUCCGCGCCCCCGCAGGGCGGUGGGGACAUCCCGCAGGUGGCCGCACGAGGUGGGCGCGCCGGAUGCUCUAGCGGCCUGGGCAGGGUAUCGGAGCUGUGGCUGCUAUGCCCGUAAGCACAAACACCUGUGGCUUCCCGGAGCUGGGGCCGGGCUCACCGGUUAGAGUCCGCCUCCGAUUUCUGGGCCAGGGGGCCUCCUCAACGGCUCCCCGAGAUUCCUCAGGGUUUGGCUUUGAUGCUAACCGUGGACGCAGACUCUGGGUUGAGGUGCGAUCUCCGUGCCAAGCUCCGGACAUCCACUAUCUCAAAUCCUUCUGAAUCUCCGGGACCCAGGGAGGGAGCCAUCACUGGAGGCUGCCCUUGUGCCAAUGAGCCUUCCCAACACCUCUUCUGCCUCCGAAGACAAGAUGUGUGAGGGGAACAGGACAGCCAUGGCCAGCCCUCAGCUGCUGCCCCUGGUGGUGGUUCUAAGUAGUAUCUCCCUGGUCACAGUGGGCCUCAACCUGCUGGUGCUGUAUGCAGUGCGCAGUGAGCGCAAGCUACACACCGUGGGCAACCUGUACAUUGUCAGCCUGUCGGUAGCAGACCUGAUUGUAGGGGCAGUCGUCAUGCCCAUGAACAUCCUCUAUCUUAUCAUGACCAAGUGGUCCCUGGGCCGCCCCCUCUGCCUCUUUUGGCUCUCUAUGGAUUAUGUGGCCAGCACGGCAUCCAUCUUUAGUGUCUUCAUCCUGUGUAUUGAUCGCUACCGCUCUGUCCAGCAACCCCUCCGGUACCUGAGGUAUCGAACCAAGACCCGUGCUUCAGCUACCAUCCUGGGGGCCUGGUUUCUCUCCUUCCUGUGGGUUAUACCUAUACUUGGCUGGCAUCACUUCACGCCCCUGGCCCCAGAGCUUCGGGAAGAUAAGUGUGAGACAGAUUUCUACAAUGUCACUUGGUUCAAGAUCAUGACCGCCAUCAUCAACUUCUACCUCCCCACUUUGCUCAUGCUGUGGUUCUAUGUGAAGAUCUACAAGGCUGUGCGGCGACACUGUCAGCACCGCCAGCUCACCAACGGGUCCCUCCCUACCUUUUUAGAAAUCAAGCUGAGGUCGGAGGAUGCCAAAGAGGGUGCCAAGAAACCUGGGAAAGAGUCUCCCUGGGGGGUCCAGAAGAGGCCGUCAAGAGACCCUACUGGAGGUCUGGAUCAGAAGUCAACAUCUGAAGACCCCAAGGUGACCUCUCCGACUGUCUUCAGCCAAGAGGGGGAAAGGGAAACAGUCACACGCCCCUGUUUCCGUCUUGACGUCAUGCAGACACAGCCUGUGCCUGAGGGAGAUGCCAGGGGCUCAAAGGCCAAUGACCAGACCUUGAGCCAGCCCAAAAUGGAUGAGCAGAGCCUGAGUACUUGCCGGCGGAUCAGUGAGACAUCAGAGGACCAGACCUUGGUGGAUCGACAGUCCUUCUCCCGGACCACAGACUCAGACACCAGCAUAGAGCCAGGGCUGGGCAAAGUCAAAGCGAGAAGCAGGUCUAACAGUGGCCUGGACUACAUCAAAGUCACCUGGAAGAGGCUCCGCUCACAUUCCAGACAGUAUGUGUCCGGGUUGCACUUGAACCGAGAGCGGAAGGCAGCCAAGCAGUUGGGUUGUAUCAUGGCAGCAUUCAUUCUCUGCUGGAUUCCCUAUUUCAUCUUCUUCAUGGUCAUUGCCUUCUGCAACAGCUGCUGCAGCGAACCUGUGCACAUGUUCACCAUUUGGCUGGGCUACAUCAACUCCACGCUGAACCCCCUCAUCUACCCGCUGUGCAACGAGAACUUCAAGAAGACAUUCAAAAAAAUUCUGCACAUUCGUUCCUAAGGGCAUGUCCAAAGGAUGCCACAUGGUGGAUAGACAACGUCUGAUGUCCAAGAGGGAGCCAGAGGAAGAAAGCAUGGGCGUCGCUAGACCCCUGAGCCUUAGGAAGUGGAAUCGAAGGUCCUGGGCUGAGCAGUGUGAAGGCAUUCCCAGGGUCUGUCAGAAGGAAAGCAGGCAGCAGAGCAAUUGUACCCUGGGUAGAAAGCAGAGCAUCUGAAAGAGACCCAGGCAGAGCACGCCUGGCCCUCAGGGACUGUGGGAGUCUCAGAUACUCCUUGGAAGUCAAAGUCUCUGACUUGAAGUUCCUUAGUAACCGAAGUGGGAAUGUGUGGCUACAGUUCUUCUGGAGAGUUAGCCUGGACUCAGACUUCCUGAACAAAAGCUAUGUGACUGCAGAGGCAGGUAUACGGAUGCUGUCCCCUUCCAGUGGUCACCUGGAGAGGUAUGGCAGCUAUUCCAUUGCAGCCGCACUUCUUAAAACACAGUCCUUCUGAGCCUCGCCUCUCUUAGAGCUUUGUCCGGAGCUGUCUGCCCCACCGUGGAACCUGCCUUACCCGUGUCUCAGAGUUGCUAGGAAAUUAGGCAGCUUGUGAGUCCAUCAUUUUCAACCCUUAGUUCUUUUGGCUUUUUAAAAUGGUGGCACAGUAACAAAACCUGUCCUCAAGUGUCAAGAAGGGGAGGAAGUGGUUUCUCCACGGUUGUAUUUUAAGCAAAGGUGAGGCAAGAGAGCCUUGUUUCUUAAGACUCCACCAGGGCACUCUCACUCCAGGCCUCACAUGACAAGCGGGUAACAGCCAAGGGAAAAGAAGGUUCCUGGGAUCAUUUGACACUUGGAAACUUGGGAUGAGAACUUUGUAUGGUCCCAACUCCUUGUCACUCGCCUUCUCCAAAAAGGAAGAAAUGACCCCUGUCAUGUACUCGCAAUGUUCCCCGGGAGACGUGACUGUCACGAAGCACAUCUGUCCACAGAGGGUGACCUUCAGAAGGGACACAUGUGCUUUUCUCUGUGAGACUGUGUGGCUUCUAGUCACACAUGCUAAGUGAAUCCUGUUGAAGGCAUGGGAGCGUCCAGUUUUAUUUAUGCCACAGUUGGGUUGUGAUUUGUGUUUUAAAAUGUAAUGUUAAACAUCUAUGUGUGUCACAAGUAGGAACCCCUGUAAAAGCUGGUCUUUUGUGUCUGUGUUCCUGUUUGCAUGAUCUGUCCAAACGAGAUAUUUUUGCUUACCUAAAACAUGACAUUCGGAAGGA